CUCAGAGAGGUCCUCGGGCCCCUGAAUGGGAUGCUGAGGAUGCCCAGCGCAGGCACCCACACGGUACCACUCAGGGGUGCACUGCAGACAGACAGGUGCGGGUGGAUGCUCCCAGAGGAGGGGUGCAGAAGCUCUCAGCAUAGGGGGAUCCUGAAUGCCCCUGCCGCUUCUCAUUCCAGCAAACUAUGUGACAGAAGUAGGAAUGACAUCCCCUCCGCCAGCCACCUGUCCCUGGUGAGUGGCCACAUCUGCAGAAAGUAGAUUAUUAGCUGACAGACCAAGGCAGGCGAAGGCACCUGAGAGAAUGCUAACCAAACGCAAGGUACUCCUGGGCACUCUUGGCUUGGUUGUAAGGUCUGGGAGCUAAUGAGAGCAAGGCUGCAGGUUCACGCACUACGUGCCCUAUUCCUAUUCCAGGAGCGUGUCUUGCACCCGAAAGCUGGCAGGUGGGUCACCUUGGCAGGGAGAUUGAGCACAAGUGUACAGAGAGACCAGCAAAACCUAUUCUCGUGCCCAAGAACAGCCCAACGCCCCCAACGCUGAUGUGGAUAACAGCAUCCUGGUGACCCAUCCAACACCUAAUCAUCUGAUGCCUCAGGUGUGCGUUUACAACCCCUGUUCUCCCCAAGGGCCUGGAGGCCCACAGCACCCGGGCUGCCUGAUGGAUCCCACAUGGGGAAACGGGACUGUUUCUCAUCCACCAAAUCCUCAUCGCCUCGCGUGGGACCAAGAGACACGCACAUUCCGGUUUUGACAUGUUCGCACAUGGAGACCCAGGUGCACGCCAGACAAAGACUAGCUCUCGUGCGCCAGUGUGGGCACAUCCACACAUGCACACAGGCUCUCUCUCUCUCUCACACACACACCAGAAAGGAAAAACGGCCUUUUCAAUUCAAAUGCAACAUGUGUUCCUGCCAGGAAGCCAGGAAUCUGGUUUCCAGGCAGCCACGGUCCCUUGCCACGCCUCACAGAUGCUAAAAAUCCGAAACAGGCUGGAGCACUGGGUUUAGGCAGCGCAUGGUUGGGGGCUGGAAUGAGGGACCCGCCGUCCUUGCCGAACCCCACCUUGGACUCUUCCUACGGACCACGGAUAUACUUUUCAGAUUCCCUCCCUCUGUUCCCCUCCUGCCAAGGUCGAGCUGGGCAUCCCUGACUGGUUCCUCCCUGCCUCACGCCCUGGGCAUGGCUGGUGCUAUAGAUGAAAAUCAGGCCCAGGAAGGGAGCUGCUUGCCCUUGGGAGGAGCAGAGAUGCUCCUCAUAGCCAAGUCCCUGCCUCUACUCCUGGGCUUGUCUGCUGCCUGGUCGAGGGCUUCUGAGAGGGCUGGGAUAUCCCAGGAACGACAACACAAGGAUGCCUCUGUGGUCACUGGAGUGGAGGAGCCUCAAGAGGACGCUGGGGACCGUCCAUCACUUAGUGCUGGUGAUGCAUGGCUGGAACAGAUCACGGAGAUGAGGCCUCAGGGCCAGUGGGGAAGUAGACAGAAGAGGAAAUGCCCUACCAGGGCACCAGGGCAGCAGUGUUUUAUGCGUUGCUGCGUUGUUUUAAUUGUGUUUUUGUUUUUAGUUUUAGGUAGGUUAUGUGUGGAUGCAUGCACUUUUGAGUGGCUGGUGCAAGAUAAGGGGAAUAUCCCCCAGCUGGUGAGGCAGCGGAUGGAGGGUACAGUUGGACUCUGGCAAAGACCAGCUUGGGCCAAGGAUACGGCAGUGAUACGCUUUGUCCUGGUCACACAGCAGGUCCUGAGAGCUAAGGUCUCAUGGGUCUCCCCUGCUUGCCUGCUCAAUGGCAACAGGGCCAUGAAGGCAGAGGCUGCAUGGCUGCAUGGUUGGGGGUCGGGGGGACGACACAGAAGACAGUCAGUGUCCUGCAUUCCUUUCAAGGAAGCCAGAGAGGAAAGAGGGGACACGCUCUGGACACUAAGAUAACUGGCUGGGCCCCCAAAAGAGAAGGUGUCUCCUAUACUGAUGAGGCCAUGUGGCUUCUCAGGAUUAGAUGGGGAAGGUGCCAGCAAGGCCCAGCUUUCUGGUUUAGCAGCUGCACUGGCACCCUUGCUGAUGGUGUUGUAACACCUCUCAGGGAGAUCUGAACAAGCCAUGCAGCCCGGUGGUCUGAGCAAUGACAGCUAGCUGGAGCCAGAUGCAGGGCUUCCCUGUUACACAAGUGCCCUGAAAUUGUGCAGUGCGCAGCCUGGGCAGCCCUAUUCAGCAGCCCUGGCUCUGAAUCAUGUCCAGUAGUUAUGUAAGCAAGUGAAAGUCAGUCUGCCUCCCUGCCCCUAACAGAGAAAAAGUAGGGCAGAGUGUGGCCAUGCUCCCCGCAGGGCAGUCAAGGAAUGAGGACUUGUCCUUGGGAGUUUGAAAAUGAUGCUGCUAGAUGCCUCCCAGCAGGACUGGCCCAGCAUGUGGGACACAAAAAAUUGCUAUGUGCUUCGUUUCUGAAAUAUCAGAAAGGAAGAAAAACAUCCCAUCCCUAAACCAGACUUGAUGAACGAACCCUUGAGAGAUGGGAGUCUGGUGUUGGCGGCUCCGUCCCCAGGACCUACUGGAAAGGUGCACGGCCGUGGGUAGCUGCCCAGUGGUCCCAGAAUGGAAGCUUACGGGCGCAACCUCAGGCAAGGGACUCCCCGCACGGCGUGGUUGAAGUGGACUGAUGUGGACGUGCAUCCCUGCACCUCACUCUUCUCUUCUUGGGCUCCCUGAGCUCACCUGUGGCCGGAACACACUUCACUUCCCUGUCAUGCCCUUUCCUUCCUUCCCGAGAACCCUCAUCCAGACCAGCCGGGGCUUCUCUUUUCCCCAUACUCAUUGUGGGAUGUCUCAAGAAAACCAGAAUAGGGGUGUGGGCUCAGCUUUCUGGAGUGUUCUUCACGACCUUGACAGAGGUAUGAGUCAGGGAGCGCAAGGUGGGACCACGAAAAGCCAAGGUCAAAGACCAAAAUGGCUGCCUCAUAACAGUUCCCCCCCCCCCACCAAAUCACGGGGUUGGCUUCACGAACCCCCAUCCCCACCCAGCAGUAAAGAACCAAAGCAGGUUGGCCCCAAGAAGGCGGGCCUGCCACCUUCAGAUCUUGGUGCCCUUGGCAGUGAUCUGGUGCCCUUGGCAGUGCGUGCAGCUGGUUAGGUCAUGACGCCUCCGAGCGAGAACACAUCUAAUUCUGUGUUCUGGGUCUUGCUGCACAUUCAACAUAUGCUUAGUUUUCAUAACAGUAAUGAAAAUCAAUAGAGCCCAGGUCUCCCCAUCCCAAGUUCAGCAUUCUCUUUACCAGAUAGACUCCUUCUGCCUUGCCUAUAAAAACAGCCCUAAAAAUAUCUCUCUAUUGUGUCCACACCUCACUAUGUAUGAGGUGACCCUGUUAGAACAGCUGAGGGGCAAUGUGACAGCUCAGCCGAUGGCCAGCCUCCUCCUCCUCUGGAUGCACACCCAGCCUCGGGAUGCCUUGCCUGCACAGUGAGAGCCUGGAAAAUGCCUCAACGCACUGAGCUCAGUGAGGGCCCCGGUGAAUCCCGAGACAGAGUGACGCCGCACCACAGCCGCGGGGAUCAGGACAUCCGCCCUCUCUGGGUCAGGACGCAAAGAGGGGCAUCUCCUACCACUGCCAUGUUGAAAAUCCAGACCCAGAAAGACUCAGAGCUCCAUUCUCACUCCCUCAAAACUGUUUCUUGGACUGGAUGAGCAAGGAACUGCUGUGUAGCCCAAGGAACUCUAUCUGAUCGCUUGUGAUGGAACAGGAUGGAGGAUAAAGUGAAAAAAAGAACGUAUGUAUCUGUAUAACUGGGUCACUUUGCUGUACAGCAGAAAUGGACAGAACAUUGUACAUCAACGAUAAUAAAAAAAUUAAAAAAAAAACCCUGUUUCCCAAGUGCCUACAGUGUGCCCAGCACUGUGCCAGCGGGCCAUUAAAUAGUUAAACAGGAAAUAAUGAAAUAAAACAAAAGCCCUGCCCCUGAAGGGCUCUCGGUGGGGAAGCUCCACAGGAGAACCCAGGUUCCCAGGCCCAGGUGAUCAGAGCUGGAAGAAGGAGCCGGGGAGGUGGAGGAGCAGCGGGGAGCCCUUCUGUGACACUCCAGGGAUCUGUGGGGCGGUGUCCUUGAGGGAGACAGUGCAAAGGAGGCUGGUGAGGCACAGGCAGGUCAGGAAGUGAGUUAAGGAAGGUCUGGAAUACCACACUACGGCAACCGGGUCCACCUGAGAGGCACCUAGGAUGGGAGGGGUGGGGUG